UUCAUUUUAAACUCUGGUGACUUUUGUUCGGCGAGGAUGGCUACGUCGGCUCUGUACGCGUGUACGAAGUGUAACCAGCGGUACCCUUUCGAAGAACUGUCGCAGGGGCAGCAACUCUGCAAGGAAUGCCGCAUCGCACAUCCCAUAGUGAAGUGCACGUACUGCAGAUCUGAAUUUCAGCAGGAAAGUAAAACAAAUACGAUCUGCAAGAAAUGUGCCCAGAACGUAAAACAAUUUGGCACGCCCAAACCCUGUCAGUACUGUAACAUCAUAGCAGCUUUUAUAGGGACAAAAUGCCAGCGCUGUACCAACUCAGAAAAGAAAUAUGGGCCGCCACAGACCUGUGAGCAGUGCAAACAGCAAUGCGCCUUUGACCGCAAGGAGGAGGGCAGAAGAAAGGUGGAUGGUAAGCUGCUGUGCUGGCUCUGCACUCUGUCAUACCGGCGUGUCCUUCAGAAGACCAAGGAGCAGAGGAAGGGCUUUGGCUCCUCCAACUCUUCAUCUCUGAAUGAGAAGGAUCACCACUCCAGACAGCAUCAUCACCAUCAUCACCACCAACACAGGCAUAGCAGCUCUCACCACAAACUGAGUGGGAGCCUGAGUCCAGAGCAGGAGCCCGGACUGUGGAAACAGAGCCAUAAGUCGUCUUCAAUCCAGAAGGAGACUCCAAAGAAAAAACCAAAACUGGAGAUGAAGCCAUCCAAUGGGGACAGUAGUUCCAUCACUCAAUCUAUGGAUUCUGGUGGAACAGACAACUUCAUUCUCAUUAGCCAACUGAAGGAGGAGGUAAUGUCACUGAAGAGACUUCUGCAGCAAAGGGACCAGACCAUCCUAGAGAAGGAUCGCAAGCUCACAGAGCUCAAAGCAGACUUUCAAUACCAGGAAUCCAAUAUGAGAGUGAAGAUGAACAACAUGGAGAAAGCACACAAAGAAGCCAUGGAACAGCAACAGGCAAAGAACAGAGAGUUGAUGAAACAAGUUGCCGCCCUCUCAAAGGGAAAAAAGUUUGACCGGACAGGAGGUUCACUGCUCUUACCCUAACAAUAGGCCCUAUCAGUAACAAUACAGAGUGGCUUCAUUGUCGUAACACUGUGAAAGUUCUCCCGCCUGUGUUUCCUCGUUCAUGGCCAUCGACAUUGAUUACACUGAUCAGCCAAAACGUUAAAACCCCUGACAGGUAAGUGAAUAACAUUGAUUAUCUCAUUACAAUGGCACCUGUCAAGGCAUGGGCUAUAUUAGGCAGCAAGUAAACAGUCAGUUCUUGAAGUUGAUGUGUUGGAAACAGGAAAAUUGGGCAAGCGUAAGGAUCUGAGCGACUUUGACAAGAGCCAAAUUGUGAUGGCCUAGACGACUGGUCAGAGCAUCUCCAAAACGGCAGGUAUUGUGUGGUGUUCCCGGUUUGCAGUGGUCAGUACCUACCAAAAGUGGUCCAAGGAAGGACAACCAGCAACAGGGUGUUAGGUGCCCAAGGCUCAUCGAUGCAUGUGGGGAGCGAAGGCUAGCCUGUCUAGUCCGAUCCCACGGAAGAGUUACUGUAGCUCCACCUACUGCAAAAGUUAAUGCUGGGUAUGAGAGACAGGUGUCAGAACACAGUACAUCGCAGCUUGCUGCGUAUGGGGCUGCCUAGCUGCAGAUCAGUCAGAGUGCCCAUGAUGACCCCUGUCCACUGCUUAAAGUGCCUACAAUGGGCACGUGAGCAUCAGAGCUCGACCAUGGAGCAAUGGAAGAAGAUGGCCUGGUCUGAUGAAUCACAUUUUCUUUUACAUCAUGUGGACGGCUGGGUGCAUGUGUGUCACUUAGGUGGGGAAGUGAUGGCACCAGGAUGCACUAUGAGAAGAAGGCAAGUCGGCGGAGGCAGUGUGAUGCUCUGUGCAAUGUUCUGCUGGGAAACCUUGGGUCCUGGUAUUCAUGUGGAUGUUACUUUGACACAUACCACCUACCUAAACAUCGUUGCAGACCAAGUUCACCCCUUCAUGGCAACGGUAUAGCCUGAUGGUGGUGGCCUCUUUUGGCAGAAUAAUGCGCCCUGCUACACUGCAAAAAUUGUUCAGGAAUAGUUUGAGAAACAUGACAAAGAGUUCUCCAAAUUCCCCAAAUCUCAAUCUGAUCGAGCAUCUGUGGGAUGUGCUGGAAAAACAAGUCUGAUCCAUGGAAGCCCCACCUCGCAACUUACAGGACUUUUAGUAUCUGCUACUAAUAUCUUUGUGCCAGAUACCAGAAGACACCUUCAGAGGUCUUGUGGAGUCUAUAACUUGACACAUCAGAGUUGUCUUGGUGGCAUGAGGAGGACCUAUACAAUAUUAGGCAGGUGGUUUCAAUGUUUUGGCUGAUCGGUGUAUGUUCUCAAUUGGUAAAUCCAGAGAUCAUGGUGUACAUGGAAAAUCAUCAAUUGAAUCAAUCCUCCAAUUCUCACCAUAUUUCAGAUGUUUUGACUAUGACUUUGCCACUGGAUGGGAUGUGACUGUAGAAGAAGUGGAGGAUGAAGCCCUCAUUCUAACACUGCCGGGCCAAAAAAAAAAAAGAAAAAAAGAAAAAAAAGCAUGGUUUGCCUAUGUGGAUAACAUUUUUUCAACUUCAUAUAUCCACUUGAUUUCUAUGGAUGUCAUGCAAUUUAUUUAUUCAACUGUAAUACUUAGCUUUUUGUUUUUUCUCACAGCAUACUCAGAUUCUCCCGCAUUUUGGGAUUUUCUUCAAUAGCAAUUAGUUAUAUUUUUCUAAAUGGACAUGAUUAUGGAAGAGAAGUUCUCCUUGACAGAGACCCUCUCAACUUUACAAUGUAUGCAAAUGUGGGCAGGGUGAUUGCAGAGUUGCUGGCCAGCAGAAGAGAGCUCUUGCUAUAAAUCCGAAAACAACCAAUGAACAUUUUGAAAGGCUGUUUCUAAGAGACACCUCUCGACUGCCCUCUUUCUCACUGUGUGACAGCUGUAGUGCUUUGCUGUUUCUCUUUAGUGGAACGAUUGUAAUACUGCAUGAUUUAAGAAGAAGAAGAAAUACUUUAUUGAUCCCCAUGGGGAAAUUGAUCCUCUGCAUUUGACCCAUCCUACUAUACACACACUAGAAGCAGUGGGCAGCCGUGUAUUUCCCACACACACACACACACACACACACACACACACACACACACACACACACACACACACACACACACACACACACACACACACACACACACACACACUAGGAGCAGUGGGCAGCCGCAGUGCAGCGCCCAGGGACCAACUCCAGUUCUUAUGCCAUUUCCCUGGUCAGGGGCAUUGACAGGAGUAUUAACCCUAACAUACAUGUCUUUUGAUGAUGGGAGGAAACCAGAGCACCCGGCAGAAAACCAUGCAGACAUGGGGAGAACAUGCAAAUUCCACACAGAAAGGACCUGGGAUGGCCAGGGUUUGAACCCAGGACCUUCUUGCUGUGAGGCAACAGUGCUAACAACUGGGCCACCAUGCUGCCCAAUACUACUGCCAUAUACCGGCUGGCAUUGUGGUUUCAUGUACUGUAAUGUCCUUUUAAACUUCUCUUUUCCCUCUUUUAAUAAGUUUUUUAAGAAUCACUUGUAAAGGUUUUCGCUGGGGUCAGCCAUUGUAUUUAAACUAUUGCUUGUAUCUGUUCUAGUGAGUAUCUGUAUGGUAAGGCCAGUUGAAAUUAGCACAUCUGUAGAAUAAUGUUUUUAAAAGAAACACACCUUUCACCUUGCAUUACUGAACUGGUUUCAUACUGUGGCAUACAGGAUCACUUUUGUACUUUUUCCAAACCCAACAUUUUAAAACUAUUAAAACUGGCUGAACAAAUCUCAUUGUUGGUUUUUACAAGUAUUAACCUGUAGUUCAUUUGAACUUUUAAGUUUAUUUCCUCUAUUUGGGGACCAUUUGUACCUUUGGUUGUGAACAAGAAUUAUUUUAUAUAUAAUGUAAGAAAUUACUUUGUCCAGGUUUUUUUGUUGUUUGUUUUUUUUGCCCCUAAGUGGUGCUGGCUUA